AUGAGUUUGAGUGAUGGGAAGAUUCAUCCAGUGAGUUCUAAUGGAGACAUUAAGGACAAGCCCUUCAAGAUCUUUGUGGGUUACGAUCCACGUGAAGAUCUCGCAUAUGAAGUCUGUCGCCACUCCAUUUUGAAACGAUCUUCAAUCCCUGUUGAGAUCACACCAAUCAAACAAUCAGAUCUGCGGAAGGAUGGCCUCUAUUGGCGUGAAAGAGGGCAGUUUGAAAGCACCGAGUUCUCUUUUUCUCGGUUCUUGACUCCACAUUUGGCUAAUUAUGAAGGUUGGGCAAUGUUUGUGGAUUGUGAUUUCCUUUACCUUGCUGACAUUAAGGAGUUGAGAGACUUGAUUGAUGAAAAGUAUGCUAUAAUGUGUGUUCAACAUGAUUAUACUCCAAAGGAGACAACGAAAAUGGAUGGAGCAGUGCAAACUGUGUACCCAAGGAAGAACUGGUCUUCCAUGGUGUUGUAUAAUUGUGGGCAUCCCAAGAACAAGGUCUUGACACCUGAGGUUGUGAACACAGAAACAGGUGCAUUUCUUCAUAGGUUUUCAUGGCUUGAGGAUGGUGAAAUUGGGUCCAUCCCUUUCGUCUGGAAUUUUCUUGAGGGACAUAACAAGGUUGUCGAAAAUGAUCCCCAAACACUCCCCAAGGCCGUACACUAUACUCGUGGAGGACCAUGGUUUGAGGCUUGGAAGAAUUGUGAGUUUGCAGACCUGUGGUUGAAUGAGAUGGAGGAGUGCACGCAGGAAACAAAGAAGAAAACUGAAAAUUAG